AUGUCCCUUGGAUCCCUCGGUUACUCCACCGAAGACCUCGAGCUUGAGCUGGAGUAUUUGAACCCAGGAAUUUCCUCUUCUUCAAGAUCUUCACAAGGUCCUAGUCCUGCAGCAGAAUUAUUAGCGGAGGACAACCCUUCUAGUUCAUUGAACUAUUCUUUUUACGCCGACGAAGACGACCGAUUCGAAGAAGAUCAUAGUCUUCUAACCUCCCUAAGAGGAACGCACACAAUGGGUGCCAAACUAGACGCAUUCAUUAAGAAGGUCGAGGUCGACAAUGAGGCAGGGCUUUCUAGCAAGCAAUUGUUUCUCCUGAACGACGAUUUGAAGCCCGUUGAGCCAGCACGCAGGAAAUGGCAGUGGUUCAAUUUCGUCUUCUUCUGGAUUUCGGACUCAUUUAAUGUUAACACAUGGAUGAUUGGCGCCAGUACCAUUGUCGGCUUUGGUCUCAAUUGGUGGCAGGCAUGGCUUACUGUCUGGGUUGGCUACUUUAUUGCAGGCUGUUUUAUCUGUAUAACAGGUCGUAUCGGUGCCGUAUACCACAUAUCGUUCCCAGUUGCCGCUAGGAGUUCGUUCGGAAUAUGGGGAUCAUUAUGGCCCGUCUUCAACCGUGCCGCCAUGGCGUGUAUCUGGUACGGUGUGCAGGCUUGGAUAGGAGGUACUUGUGUGUAUUUGAUGAUUCGUAGUAUCUGGAAUAGCUGGGAUAAUAUUCCUGAUACUAUCCAUGCGCCAGAAGGAUCUCUCCUCAAUACCCGCGAUUUCGUAUCUUUCUUCCUCUUCUGGUUUUGUUCCUUGCCAGCUAUUUGGUUCCCUGUUCAUCAAAUUCGGCAUCUUUUUACCGUCAAGUCUUAUAUCGUUCCUGUCGCCGGUAUUGCUUUCUUGGUAUGGUCAUUGGUACGGGCUGGUGGUAUUGGGAAAAUUGUCCACCAGCCAGCCAAGGCCAGCGGUAGUGCUCUCGCAUGGGGUGUUAUACAGGGCAUUAUGUCUUCCAUUGCUAACUUUGCAACUUUGAUUGUCAAUGACCCUGAUUUCUCGAGAUUCGCCAAGAAACCCUCCGAUGCUCUGUGGUCACAGCUUAUCACUAUCCCUACUGGCUUUGCCCUGACCUCCCUCAUCGGUAUCCUUACCACUUCAGCCUGUGCCGUAAUCUACGGCCAAGAAAUCUGGAACCCUCUUGAUCUCCUCAAAUUCUUCUUGGACGAUGGCGGCACUGGAACUCGAGUCGGUGUCUUUUUUAUCGCAACAUCCUUUGCCCUUGCCCAGCUUGGUACAAAUAUUGCAGCGAACUCCGUCUCCGCGGGUACUGAUAUGACCGCCUUGCUACCCCGAUUCAUCAACAUUAGACGGGGAGGAUAUAUCUGCGCCCUCGUCGGUAUCGCCAUGUGCCCGUGGAACCUCUUGGAAAGCACAAACAAUUUCACUACUUAUCUCUCGGCCUACUCUGUCUUCCUCAGUUCUAUUGCCGGUGUUUUGAUCUCGGAUUAUUAUCUUGUGCGGAAAGGGUACCUUCAAAUCAGGGAUUUAUACUCUGGAAAAUCAACCGGACCGUAUUACUUUUCAUUCGGUUUCAAUUGGAGAGGCUAUACCGCAUAUAUCUGUGGUAUUCUUCCAAAUAUCGUCGGAUUCGUUGGCGCAAUCGGAAAGGAUGUUCCGAUCGGUGCAACAUAUGUCUACCGUCUGAACUUCUUUGCUGGGUUCAUAGCCGCCUCCGGGAUAUACUGGCUCCUGAACCACUUCUUCCCCGCUCCAGCCUGCUCCGAUUCAUGGAACGAAAUCGGCGAAGAAAUCACCGAAGUCAUCCUUGCCGAGGAUAACGACUCCACGUUUUACGAUGAAGAACAAGGCCACGACCAAGGAAAGAAGGUAACGCCUACCUCUGAAGAAAAGGGGGUCUACUAG